AUGCCCGAUAACCAAACUGUCCACCAGCGUUCCACCUCAGGUUUUACCGCCAAUUCACCCAUCACCAUCCCUGAAAUCACCAAUGACAAGUCCUGGAAAAUUCCCUCAUACAUCAUGACCGCCAUUAACAACUCUUGUCAGUUCCAUGGUCGUGAUGAUGAGGAUGCGCUAGCACAUAUCAACCGUCUCACCCGUCUGUGUAGCACCUUCGGCAUCGAAGGUGUUAAUCUUGAUGCUCGCUUUCUCCAAGUCUUUCCCUUUUCGCUUGCUGGCCGCACAGCCACAUGGCUCGAUUCGCAGCCAGCAGUCCUUCAAAGGCAAGUUGGAGAUAUUGCACACCAGUUGCAAGAACGACCUCCCGGUCAAUUUUCGGGAAACACAAAGCCCAACCCAUCUGGCACUUUGAAGGCAAUUUCGACCCGUAGCGGUAGGACCCUAGGAGAGGUAGUGAGACCCGAGCGUGUCGAGGUAGAAGAUGAGGACCCCAUAGAUGAGGAGAUUGAAAUGGAGGUGCCCGAGAUCUUUAAGCAGCUCAGAAUCAACCUCCCUUUCGUAGAAGCCCUCCAAUCAAUGCCCAAAUAUGCAAAAUUUUUAAAGGAUCUUCUAACAUGCAAGGAUAGGUUAGGAGAGGUUUCUAACAUUCCCCUUAGUGGGGGAUGUUCCGCCGUAGUGUUGAACAAGGUCUCGGAAAAAUUGACAGAUCCGGGCCUUUUUACCAUCCCGUGCUUGUUUGGGAGUGAUACCGAGUGUAGGGCCCUAGCCGAUCUAGGAGCGAGUAUAAACUUAAUGCCAUAUUCCAUGUAUGAGAGGUUAGGUCUAGGAGAGUUGUCCCCUACACGUAUGUCUUUAUCUCUAGCCGAUAGAUCCGUUAAGUAUCCACGUGGUAUAAUUGAAAACCUCCUAGUCAAAGUGGAUAAAUUCAUCUUUCCCGUGGACUUUGUCGUUCUUGAUAUGGAAGCCGACGAGAAGGUUCCUAUCAUUCUAGGAUGCCCAUUCUUGUGUACUGCAAAGGCCAUCAUCGAUGUCUUUGACGGGAAAAUCACACUUCAAGUCGAGUCUUUCUUAUCUUGUGUCGACCAUUGGUUUGACUAUAUUAGUGGAGCCGACCUAGUUGAGAGUAGGAUAGAUGAGGUAGUUGAGAAGGUUGAGGAGGUUGUGAGUGAGAGUGAGGAGGUAGAAGAGAACGAGUGGGUCCCCGAAGUGUUAGAAUUGAGUGAGGUAAAAAGCGAGCUUGAGAGUGAGGGGUCCGAGUUUCCCAUCAUUAUUUCGUCUAAGUUAGAGGAGGGAGAGAAGGGUAGGUUGUUAGAGGUGUUGAGAGUGAAUAGGGAAGCCAUUUCAUGGCGUCUUUCGGUUAUCAAGGGCAUAAGCCCCGCCUAUUGUACCCACCAGAUACUCAUGGAAGAUGACUAUAAGCCGGUGGUGCAACCUCAACGGCGCCUAAAUCCGAACAUGCAAGAGGUCGUUAAGAAGGAAGUGCUUAAGUUGUUAGAUGCCGGGGUGAUAUACCCUAUUUCCGAUUCACCAUGGGUUAGCCCGACCCAAGUCGUCCCAAAGAAGGGUGGGAUGACGGUGAUCAUAAACGAAAAGAACGAGCUAAUCCCGUCUCGGACCGUUACCGGUUGGCGUGUGUGCAUAGACUAUCGAAAGUUAAACGACGCCACCCGAAAAGACCAUUUCCCCUUGCCAUUCAUUCACCAAAUGAUGCUUAAGAGGUGCAUAGAGACAAAUCUUCUGUUGAAUUUGGAGAAGUGUCACUUUAUGGUGACGGAGGGGAUAGUUUUAGGGCACAAGGUGUCGAGAGAGGGUAUAGAGGUGGAUAGGGCCAAGAUAGAUACCAUAAGUAGAUUGCCUCCACCUACUAGUGUCAAGUCCGUUAGGAGCUUCCUAGGUCAUGCGGGAUUUUAUAGGCGUUUCAUUAAGGAUUUUUCCAAAAUCACACGCCACAUGACCCGACUUUUAGAGAAGGAUGUACCUUUCGUCUUCGACGAGGAGUGUAUCAAGGCAUUUGACUUCUUGAAAGAAAAACUCGUUAGUGCCCCUAUCCUUGUUUCGCCCAAUUGGAGCUUGCCUUUCGAGCUCAUGUGCGAUGCAAGCGAUUAUGCCGUAGGUGCGGUCUUAGGUCAAAGAAUCAAUAAACACUUUCAUCCAAUCUACUACGCUAGCAAAACUUUAAAUGAUGCUCAAGAGAACUAUACCACCACGGAAAAAGAGCUCUUAGCCGUAGUGUUUGCGUUUGAUAAGUUUCGCUCAUAUCUCGUGCUUUCAAAAACCACCGUGUUCAUCGACCACGCCACUUUGCAAUUUCUAUUCCAAAAGAAAGACGCGAAGCCGCGUCUCAUUAGAUGGAUUCUUUUUCUCUCCGAGUUCGCUAUAGAAAUUAAAGAUAAAAAGGGAGCGGAAAACGUGGACGCCGACCAUUUGUCACGUUUAGAGGAUCCUAAGAGAGAGGAAGUUCGUGAGGAUUCCAUAGGAGACACUUUUCCCCACGAAACCAUAGACUUUGUUAGUGCCGAGGUAGAGGGUUUGCCAUGGUUCUCGGAUUUGGCAAAUUAUUUAGCGACUGGAGAUCUUGUGAGGGGUAUGUCAUAUCAACAAAAGAAAAAGCUUCUUAGGGAUGCUAGGAAGUAUAUUCGGGAUGACCCGUACCUAUUUAGGAUAGGUGGAGAUAGAGUGCUUAGAAGGUGUGUUUCAAGGGAGGAUGGUUUAAACAUCCUUAGACAUGUGCACGAAGGGUUAAUGGGAGGCCAUCAUGGCCCAAAUGUGACGGCACAAAAGGUAUUUGAUAGUGGUUUCUAUUGGCCAACGGUAGUUAAAGAUGCCGUAGAGUACAUCCUCGUGGCCAUAGACUAUGUCUCAAAGUCGGUGGAAGCUCAAGCUUUACCUACUAAUGAUGCCCGAGUGGUGGUGAGAUUCCUUAAAAAGCUAUUCACACGUUUCGGAGUUCCUAAAGCUAUAAUAAGUGACCGUGGUACGCAUUUUUGCAAUUCUGCCAUGGAAAAGGCACUUGCACGCUACGGUGUCACUCACCGUCUUUCCACCGCAUACCACUCGCAAACUAGUGGCCAAGUAGAGAAUGCUAACCGAGGGGUGAAGAGAAUCUUAGAGAAAACGGUAGGAAAGAGUAGAAAGGAUUAG